AUGGCUGAUAUGUCGGAUGAUGGCAGAUCUGUUGCUGACACGAUCGACAAUCUUAGCGGAUCUGAGGAAAUCUCCUCAGACGAGUUGAACCCAAUCGCCAGAGAGAAUGCGUUGAGGGCUGAACGUAAUCGCAGGCGUGCUGAGAGACGUACUGAUGCCGCAGACUUAGUGGCCGUAUCUGACGACGAGCCAUUAAUGAUUGAGGUGCCCUCUCGAUCUACUUCUUCCACCCCUUCUCCCCCAGAAACACCGUCUUCUGUUGAUCCAUCCCCAUCUUUGGCCACGCACCCUGCCUUGCAAAACAUUGAUAUCAUAUGCAUAAUUUGCUCAUAUGUACACGAUGGAUCGCUUCCUGCCCUUGCAUCCACAUGCCGUAUCUUUGAGCGUCCAGCGCUUGAUGUCCUUUGGAGGAAUCUCGAGUCCGUGGAGCCUCUUAUCAAAUGUCUACCAAGUGACCUGUUUGGUAUCGAGCAAGGACAUAUGGUAUUGCUGAAACCUCUCGACGCCAAAAUGUGGGGUAUUCUUUGCAAAUACACAUCCCGCGUGCAUUCCAUCGCACAAUAA